AUGUCUUCCAUCACAGCUACAGAGACACAGGCCGAGGCGGCGCCCGUCAAGCUGACCCUGGCAUACGAUGAUGAGAUUCAUGAUCAGGUACACCACCUAACUAGCACCACCCGAUCUGCCGCAGAAAAAGACCGAGAUACUGACACCUCGCGACAGUACAAGUACUCACAGUACCUGCCCGUCUACGACGAGAAGACGUCAUUCCCUCCGCUGCAGCCGUUCAAGUUCAACGACCGUGGGCUCGCAGCACACAGGGAGAAGGCCAACCUCUUGCCCAAGGGCCACCCGGAGAUCAAGGCGACAAAGUUGACCCCGGUCAUCGGAACCGAGAUCAGGGGCCUUCAGCUAUCGCGGCUCAACAGCAGGCAAAAGGACGAGCUCGCGCUCCUGAUCGCCGAGCGGGGCGUCGUCGCCUUCCGCGACCAGGACUUCAAGAACAUCGGCGCCGAGAAGCAGAAGGAGUUCGGGCGAUCCUUUGGUCCCCUCCACAUCCACCCCGUGGGUGCCCACGUCAGGGACAACCUUGAGUUCCACAACAUCUACCUGGGUCCGGACAACGAGUACCGUAACCGGAGCAAGAGCAACAAGCUCUCGACCAUCGGGUACCACUCGGACGUCUCGUACGAGCACCAGCCGCCCGGCGUCACGAUCCUGACGCUGCUGUCGGUGCCCGAGACCGGUGGCGACACGGCGUGGGUGUCGCAGACGGCGGCGUAUGCCCGGCUCUCAAGGCCAAUACAGACGCUCUUGGAGGGGCUGAGGGCAGAGCACAGCGGGUAUCCUCAAGCCGACAACGCGCGCCGGGAUGGAAGGUUCGUGAGGAGGGAGCCGGUCAAGUCGGAUCAUCCCGUUGUUCGCAUCCACCGGGCCACCGGCCAAAAGGCAUUGUUCGUCAACCCUGGCUUCACGAAGAAGAUCAUUGGGCUUCGAGACGAAGAGUCGGACGCGCUGCUGAAGCUGCUCUUCAAUCACAUCAACCACGGCCAAGAUUUCCAGGUGCGCGUCAAGUGGGAAGAGGGAACGGUGGCGCUGUGGGACAACCGCGUAACGGCGCACACGGCCAUCUCGGACUACAACGUCCAUAACCCACAGGAGGGACUCCGACACGGGUUCCGGAUCACGGCACUGGCGGAUAAGCCGACGGGGGUGGACGGCCUGGAGUCCACGUGGUGA